ACAACACAACGCGUUCACAAAUCACAUCACUAGUGAGUGCCUGACGAGGACGUGCUAGACGAGGUCGGCAAUAUUUCGGGCGGAUCUUGGCAUUUUAAAGUUUGUUUUCAUCUGCUUUCAUUAGCAAAAUGAUAUUUAUUGUAGAUUACUGUAAACUUACGCUUUCUCAGGUUAUUGAGUACUUGAAUUAAACAAAACUUAAGAGGGUGUCAAUAUUGACAAGCAGGUCAAAAUGUCUAAGCGUACAGCGGACGACGGCGGCAAUGGCAGCAGCCAGCCUCCGAUCAAGAAAGUUCACUUUGAACCCCAUCUUAUUGGCCCUGUGUCCACUUUGGAGGAAAUGGACAUUAAAGUUCUUCAAUUCCAGAAUAAAAAGUUGGCUCAGAGGAUAGAACAGCGCCACAGAUGUGAAGCCGAGCUCCGUGCCCGGAUAGAGCAGCUGGAGAAGCGACAGACGCAGGAUGAUGCAGUGCUGUGCGUUGUCAACCGUUACUGGAAUCUACUCAAUGAGGAUAUCAGAGUACUCCUGCAACGGUUUGAUGCGGAGACUGCUGAUGAGUCUGAAAACAAAAAUGAAAACGAGGCGACAACCUCGUUCUUGAUGCAGCUGUCUACAUGGGACAAGGAAGAAUUAGAUGCUCAGCUCGCGAACCGCGUGCAAGUGAGUAAGCGAGCGGUUGCCAAGGUCCUGCAGGCUUUCGACCGCCUGCAGCAGAGAAAUGACAAGAUCUGGCGAGCCAUCAAGGGAGAUAGCGAGGAGUGUGCUCCUGCCCCAAUGUUGGACGAAGUGAUCCGCGCCACCAACGAGGAAGUGACGGUAGAGAACAGACGUCUGCAGGCGUUAUGCACCACCUUACAUGAGAGCCACCACGCCAUGACCCUGAGGGUGGCUCAGCUACAAGAUGCUGUCAAUAGCAGGGACACAGAGAACGCUGAGCUCAAGAACCAGAUUGAUGACCUUCAGUACGAACUGAUGAAGGUGCGAUCCCGCAACGACAAACUAGAGAACCACCUAGCGGAAGCCAUCGAGAAGUUGAAGAGCUACCAUCAGUCGGGCACGGCGGCGGCGCCGGGCGGGGCCGCAGCCCCCGUGGCGCCGGCCGCGGCCGCCAAGCUGGAGGACGUGGCGGCCGACCUGGAGGAGCAGCGCGAGCUCGCCACCAACCGCCUCGCCGAGCUCGACCGACUGCAUCGACAGCACCGCGACGCGCUCAAGGAAGUCGAGAAGCUGAAGAUGGAUAUACGGCAACUACCUGAAUCAGUGAUAGUAGAGACGACGGAGUACAAGUGCCUGCAGAGCCAGUUCUCGGUGCUGUACAACGAGUCCAUGCAGAUGAAGACGGCGCUGGACGAGACGCGGCUGCAGCUGCAGAACGCCAAGAACUUGCACAUGAGGCAGAUUGAAAUGAUGGAGAGCGAAGAAUUAUCAAGACAGAAAACACUGAGAGCUGAGAUGAUACAACUAGAAGACGUGCUCGGCCAACUAAGGAAAGAGUACGAAAUGUUACGCAUAGAGUUUGAACAGAACUUAGCUGCGAACGAACAGACGGGACCAAUCAACAGAGAGAUGAGACAUCUUAUCACGUCGCUGCAGAAUCAUAACCAACAGCUGAAGGGAGAGGUGCAUCGGUACAAGAGGAAGUAUAAGGAUACUAGUCAGGAGCUUAAUAAGGUGCGUAAGGAGUUGGAAGAGGCGGGAGCGCGUGUGUCGCUGGGCGGCGCGGAGGCGGCCGACGAGAAGCCACACGCGCUUAAAAAGGAAGAACCCGAUCCGGAGGGCGAGGAGGCAGGUGAGACGAAGCCGGCGGCCAGCAAGGAGCACAGCCGCGCCAAGCUGCAGGAGCAGGACCUCAUCAUCAAGGACCUCAAGCAGCAGCUCAAGAAGGCAGUGAACGAGCAGAAGGAACUGAAGCUUCUCCUGGACAUGUAUAAGGGCGUCAGCAAGGAACAGCGCGACAAGGUGCAGCUGAUGGCCGCCGAGAGGAAGGCAAGGCAGGAACUUGAGGACCAUAGGCAAAAGGCUAAGAUGGCACAGGAAAGCAAACGCGAGCGGCGGCUGGCGGACGAGGAUGCUCUCCGCAAGAUCAAGCAGCUAGAAGAACAGAAGUAUGAGCUGCAGAAGCAGUUGUCCUGCGCCCGACCCAACGCAGACCCGCUACAUGCCUUCUCCAGGCCCUUCGCUGGCUCACCGUAUUUCUCCAACGCACAGGAGGAGGAAGCUUUGCUCAACGAGAUGGAGGUGACCGGGCAGGCGUUUGAAGACAUGCAGGAGCAGAACUCGAGGCUGAUACAGCAGCUUAGAGAGAAAGAUGAUGCUAACUUCAAGCUUAUGUCCGAGAGGAUUAAGGCUAACUCUCUGCAUAAGUUGUUGAGGGAAGAAAAGCAGUUGUUGCAGGAACAGGUGGUAACCCGCGACCAACAAAUCGAGUCAAUGGGCGCGGUAGCUCGACGCCUAGAAGAGAAAGAGAGGCUGCUACAAGCCACUCUUUCCGCCGUCGAGAAGGAACUGCUACUGCGACAGCAGGCUAUGGAGAUGCACAAGCGAAAGGCCAUCGAGUCUGCGCAGUCCGCUGCUGAUCUCAAGCUGCAUCUAGAGAAAUAUCACGCGCAGAUGAAGGAGGCGCAGCAGGUGGUGGCGGAGAAGACAAGCGCGCUAGAAGCAGAAGCGUAUAAAACAAAAAGACUACACGAGGAGUUAGCGAUCCUGCGUCGCAAGGCGGAGCGUAUGAAGAAGAUGGAGCAAGCCGGCAGCAGCAUGGACGAGGUGCUGCUCGAGGAGAUACGCGAGUACAAGGAGACGCUCACAUGCCCGUCCUGCAAGGUGAAACGCAAAGACGCGGUACUUACGAAGUGCUUCCACGUGUUCUGCUGGGACUGCCUCCGCACUCGCUACGAGACGCGACAGCGCAAGUGUCCCAAGUGCAACGCGGCCUUCGGCGCCAACGACUACCACCGCCUCUACCUCUCCACGUAGGCACUCAGUAGGCACCUCACUAGUAUGUCAUCAUCUGCCCAGCCUUGCGUCGCCUUCCAGUCUAACCGGAUGCAGCAAAGUGCCAGGGUUUUACAUGGAGCAACAUGGAGCAGCCUAUCUGACCUCCGCAACCUGGGUUAUCAUAACUGUCGGUAAGACUGGUUGUUAGACUUCGUGGCUCCUGACUAUCCGACUGUCUACGAUGUACUAUUGAAUGCCGGGACCACCAUUUAACGCGUGUUAGACACGGGGAAACUCGUUAUGACAUAGAUGGUCACCCAUCCUCGGACCGACCGCGCCAAGCGUUGAACCUUUGAUCGGUCGAACCGUGCGUUACUUAGCCACGAGGUCCCGAGACACUUCGCUAGUACAUCCUUAUUUAUAUUCCUCUCAUCACAAGGCCCUGUGUGACAGGCCUCCACCUAAAUAAACGUGCAAUUGUACCUAGCCAAAGGAAAUCGGUGAAUCGGAUGAAUUGUACACUCCUUAUGGAGUGCUAAGUAGUUCAAAAUAAACCUUUGUAAGAAUUAGCUUGCGGGUUAGACCAAGCAGUGGAUCAGUCAUUUUUUGACUUAGUAAAUUGUUUAUUUUUUCUCUUAAUUCGAGAUCUCUGUAACUUAUAAAGCUAACGGAUUUGAAUCUAACACUUGCUACACUUUGCGUUUGUAUUUCAAGUGGAGUUACAUUACAAACUGACUUACUGUUAUUGACAUUUAUUUAAUAGAUAGCAGUAUCGUGAAUACAGUGUUAAUUAUGUAUAUUAUAUCAAGUGAUAGUGUACAGUAUAUUUAUAUUAUAAAAAUAGAUGUUGAUUGGGUAUCCUAUCUAUUUAUAUUUUGAAUUGGGUAUAGUGAACCAUGGCGAUGUAAUAUGAAACGCAUGUUAGAUCGAAGUGUGUUUUGAGCAUCUAUAUGGAUGUCUUAAGUAAAGGGAGAUAGUAAACGUUGAUGAAUGAUCUCAGGACUACCUCCGGUGUUAGCAAAGUUUGGCAAGUAUUAGAGGGAGCAGUAUUGAACAAAGUGAAUGUUCACAUUGAACAUGUUGGGUUGUGAGUUGUACAGUAAGCAUGGAAACUGUAAACUGGUCAUAGAUAUAAUGGACAAGGAUAGUGAAGACACACUUUGACAUUUCCAUAGACUUCCAAUUAUUUAGAAUUUACGACAACUCUUUGUUAAUAUUUUACUGUCAGUAAUAACUGAUAAGUGAAUCUCUGUCUACAGUAUUGUUAAAGAUGUAUUCGGUCUUCUACUAUGACAGGCAUGUCCGUUAUGUUUAUGAUCACUUUUAUCUGAACAGCCUGUAUGUUGUAUAUAGUGAACUCUUCAGAUCAGGCGCGUUGUGUGUUUGACACUAUACUGAAAAUUGUAUCUCACAAAGCUCAGUGCUCAUUAAAAUGAAACAAUGAACUAGACCGCGUCUGAUUUCAGGAGUUCCGUUCAAACCUACAAAAGUUCAAACGUGCACUGUUAAAAAUGACGAAAAACUUACGAGUGUAAUAAGACAUGAGCGUGUAGAGAAAGACAGCUGUUUUGUAGUUAUAUGUCAGAGCCCCGCAGACAGUUGCCCCUUUAAAUGAAAAUAAUUAUGACGGACUACGUAGACGCAGGCCCACCAAACGAUGAAAUAUCGUAUCUUAAUGUGUUCGUCAAGAGUUAGACUUCUAUGAUUCAGUUCUUUAAUAUUAAAAUGUAAUGUCUGCGGAAGCCUGGCAGUCUAUAGUCAAAUAUAUUAUUGUAUCUUAAAAAUAUAAUAUUUUGUCUUUAUUUAUCUGUGACUCACAUGCAACUUCCGACUCAUAAGUUAACAAAACUUGAUAGCAAUGUAAUGGUUAAAGUAUGAUACGAUGACGAAGCUUUGAAAAGAUUUAUAAUAUGAAAACUUCAAAUGCACGUCAAUUAAAUGUUACACGUUCAUUCCUUGUCUAUACAUGUUAUUUUUGUAUUAAAAUAGCUUUCCAUGUUGAAUAUGAAUUACAUUGCGUAAUGUAUCUUAAGAAUUUAAAUUGCAUUUCGCGCUCUUAUGUAUAUUGGAUACAUAAUUAUAUUGAUGUUGUAUAUUAAGGAUAAUAUCAUGAAAUCGAACAAGUGGAUAUAGUUUAUAUAUCUAUAUUUAGUAAUAAAUAAUUAUACUUAUUGUUAAACAAAUCCUUGAGGUUAGUGUGAAUGUGGUGAUAGUGCGAGAUGACUUAUUUGUACUGUAGUUAGGAAAAUAGAAUUUAGCUUACAGCCCACUGACUGAUAUAUUUGUAUAUUUUAAGUUAAACAUUUUGAUCGGGCUUGAGCUCAGCUUUACUAAGCCGUUGUCUAUACAAAAGCCAAAUAGUCAGCUUGAUACUUGAUUUUUGUCAAAUGAACUAAUCAAUCAAUCAAAAUUCUGUUAGAAUAAUUUCGACUAAGGAGGUUUUUGUUUAGAAAAAUAACAUUUUCAUUAAGGUAACUAGAAAAUAAAUAAUCUUAUUAAAAUAUCUUUUACACAUGCGUGGAAAUAAACGAUAAAUGUAAUGGGUUAAUUAUAAAAAAAUAUUAAUUUACUGUUUUAAAGUUAUUGCAGGGGAACAAUUUAUUUGACAGUAUUUAAUGAAUUUUGAAAUAGAAAAUCGCUGUAUCUGUGUUAGUGUUAAGUUUCUACGACUAUGCAAUAAUUACCGAAGUCUCAUUUCUAUUCAUUCUAUUUCCGUGCGAUUUUCUGUUAUCCUGUUUGUGCCUAUAAUUAGAGGCGUCUCUGUUAAAGUGUUAGAACACUCAAUUCUUGUUAAAUGAAUGAAAACUAUUUUUCCCACUGACGGCUACAGCUGAAUAUUGAAACUGUAAUAAUUUCACGUACAUCCGACUGAUCAAUGUUAUUGUGCGCCUAGCAGUUCAUUAAUCUAUUACUGUCCUUACUGCCGUCUGUAUAUUUUGAAUUAUUUCCGAAAUCACGGUUUUUUUACAAUGUAAAAUAAUUUGUAUAUCAGAAAAUUACUUGUACUUUUACUCUAAUUUUGAAAAUCAGGUAGAUACAAAGUUACUGGCAGAACUCAUUGUAAAGAUGCCUGUAAAACAUAUUUAAUUAUUUAAUGUUCAGUGGAAACUGUAUAACUAUUUAAAUGUAACGUUAAUGGACUACGUCGAAUAAAUGUCUCAACAAAUAA